AGCGUGCAUUACCAGGAGGACGUAGCUGCGACACUGACGAGGCGAGAGCGCAACGAUGACCCAAAGGAUGCUGUGAAUUAGCUUUAUUAUCUUCCAUUUCAACAGUUAUCGGACAACAGGGCAGCUACAGCGCGGUAAUAAUGUCGAAGAUGAGCGUGAUUCAAGCGGGGAAAGAGGCGGAUAAGAACGGGAUGAACGAGAAUAGCAUUGGUUCUUCCCCGAGGCUCCAGGCUCCGAGCGCGCAGCCUCCACUUGGCACCAGCCGGACCAAAGAUGCCCGAUUCCAGCUUCAACAACAGCAGCAGCAGCAGCAGCAACAACAGAGGCACCACGGAGGCUCCAUGGUCAAACAACCGUCCUGCAACGAGCCCGCGGAUGUGGUGAGGCGGGCGUUGGACUUCAAAAGCCAGGGGACACAGUGUUACAAGGAUAAGAAAUACCGAGAGGCGAUAGGCAAAUACCACCGCGCGCUGCUGGAGAUCAAAGGGCUGUGCAGGGUGCUCGGGGACCCGGAUAGUGGCCCCAAGUCCCCGUCGUCGCUGCUCACCACCUUCACCAAGUCCAGCAACACGCUCACGGAUGAACAGAAAGGCGCCAUGGAGACUGCUGAGCUGGAGUGUUACAACAGCCUGGCAGCGUGCCUGUUGCAGAUGGAGCUGGUGAACUAUGAGCGAGUCAAAGAGUACUGUCUCAAAGUGCUGCACAAAGAGGGCAAGAACUUCAAAGCACUGUACCGAUCUGGAGUGGCCUACUACCACCUGGGCGACUACCAGAAAGCCCUGCACUACCUGAAGGAGUCACACAAGCAGGAACCAUCAGACACCAACGUGAUCCGGUACAUCCAGUUGACCGAGAUGAAAAUUCGCCGGAAUGCUCAGAGGGAGAAGGAGGCCACAUAAGCACUGCCUUUUGACAACUUGAUUCUCUCAUAUCUGAAAAUCAACCCAGUCUCAACACUUCAGACUUUUCAAAGACAGUGGGUUCGAAAUCCCACUGCAAAUCUCUUUAAGUUGAACUUUUGCCUUGCACAACAGCAUCCGGUUUUGUGAUCUUACACCAUUGUGAGCUUCAGGCUUCUUUAAAUAACUGUGCUACUUUACUAUACCUUUACGAGCCGGGUGGGUUCAGUGGGGAUACAAAAGAUUGAAUUAUAUGUCCCUAUAUGAAUUUAUUCACAUUUUUGUAACAUGUAAACAUACAAAGAAUGAGUUGAGUGUAUAUUUAAGUUUAGUACUGCCAUAACAGUUUGAAGAUCAACAAGUUAAGUGAAUUAGUGAGUCUGGAGAGCAAGUUUACAUUUAUUUAACAGAUUUGAUUUGUUAUAAAAGGAAAGAUACUGACAGGACUUAAAUUAUACCUUUAUUAUUACAUUAUUAUAGCUAGAUGAUGGUGCACAGCAGAUAGGAACACAAGCCUUUAAAAUCCAACAAAAGCUUCUGUAGAGUAGAAAAUGACUGAAUUUACAUAGUGCACCACAAUUUGUUGCAUAGGCGCCAUCAUACAGGCUGCACGUGUAAAACAAUGCUUAGUGACUUAUUUUCUUCACAAAGCAUUUCUAUCACAACGUGCUAUUAGUUUCAACAAUAUUACUCAACACAAGAAUACACCGCUAUUGUAAUUUUCAGAUGCGUUUUCUGUCUAUCCUCUGAUGAACAAACUUAACCCAAGAAAUGAAUGCACUGCCAGUCAAAACAUUGCACAUGAACAGGCCUACACUUGUGAUAGAGUCAGGACCAACAACGAGACUUGAGUUCAGCAACUGUAGAUAGCACCUGCCUUCGCACAAGAUGUCAUCACCACAACGCAUGACUUACAACUUUAGUCAGCAAGCACACUUCUCUACUACUGUGCAAGAGUUUUCUGACAAAUACUUGUAUUAUAUUUGUUGUUUUAAGGUCAUAAAAGGACCAAGAAUAUAUUUGUUCUUCUAUUAUUUUUUUUUUAUCGUCUAAAACUUUUGCACGGUGCUUUACCUUUUAAAACCAAACAUUAGGUGCUUGGAGUGCGUAUUUGAGCACACAGUUGCUAAGUGCAGUUACCAGACAUAUCACAAACUGUAAAUAGUUUAUAGAAAUGUCUAGGAUUUAAAAUGGAAAGAAAAGGCAAGCUAUAUGUGUCAAAGCACUUCACUUCGCUGCUUCUGUAUUGACAAAUACUGUGUUUCAAGUUUACUGUACGGGUGUAAUAAAUGUCUAUUGAAAUAUAACUUAGUGGAUUGUGGAUAUUUAGUUUAAAUAUACCAUGCAUUUCAUAAUAAUAAUGCAUUCGUUUUAUAUUACGCUUUUCCAGAUGCUCAAAGAUGCUUUAGAAUUUGGGCAUUAUUCAUUCACUCCUCACUCCAGGAGUCAGCUUCUGCUGUACCCACAGCUGCCCUGGGGCAGAUUGACCCAAGAAAGCCUGUCAAUCUGUACCAUCAGCCUCUCCAAACACCACUAACACCCACACACCCACACACACACACACCAUUCAUACAAGGCAAUGUGGGUGGUGCCUUGUCUAAGGAGACAAUGACAGUUUUGACACUGCUGUCUCACUGUAGCACCUGGUAUUCCCAGCAGUCUCCCAUCCAAAUCAGGCUUUGACAAAGAUACUUGGCUACAAAUGACCAGAAUACCAAUCCAGUAUGGCUAAAACUAAUUUGUACAAGUGAUUCAUUAGAUACCAGUGGGUCCAAGGUUUUGAAAAUACAUUUUAGUAGUAAAUGAUAAUUUUAGCUUCAUUCAGACCAACAAAGACAGCAAUGCUCUUUGACAUUACUUUUACAUAGUUUUACUCAAAUCAGUGUUUCAAGUGCAAAAACAAGCCAUUCACAUACACUUUACCUCCAUCAGAACAUGAACCAUCCUCAGCUUAUUACUGGUAACAUUGAGCAUUCUUCACCCUGUGUUUUCAUUUAUCAAACUUCCUCAGAAAUGCAUUCACA